UUCUGAUCGGAUGACUUUUGACUUGCAUAGCAAUGAGACAAAAUUACUACCGUAGUAUCAAGGAACCUGUUUUGGGGAAGCUCUAGCUCUCAUUCCCAUAUUACCAAAAAAUAAUGAUCGAAAAGAAGUGGGAAACGGGAGACAAAAGGCAAGUUUAUUAAAAGCGCCCAAGUUUCUCUUUCUUCAUUGUAGUCUAAGGCACAACUCAACAACGUGAAGGAAAUAAAAGUUCACCAUAAUGUAUUUACUUUAAGAGAGGCGGUGGGGGGAAUCCAGCAUUGUGCAGUCCACAAAAAUAAAUGAGAGCUGCCUUAUCUGAACUGCCAAAAUCCAGUUGAUCACUAGAUAAUAGAAAUUACAGAAAAUCCUAACUCACUGCUCCCAUCUGGUGGUGGCCUUCAUUUUUGCAAUCUAAAAUGGAAGUAAAUGGAUUCCUUCUGGAGAUGGUCUGUGCAAUCCCCAGGAUUUGACAACUUGAUGCCAUAUAAUCAGGAUAUUGCUGUGGUAUCCACCUUUGGCAUGGGCAACCUUUUGCAAACCUGGAGGAGAAUUUCUGGAAAUAGAGGAACAGCAUUCAAACCUUCCUUACUAAGAAGAUCCAAGGUGUGAGAAGGAGAGGGCUAGCUGCUUUAGCCUAGCAGACAUGCCUUUUGGGCUGAAAUUACGAAGGACUCGACGCUAUAAUGUCCGGAGCAAGAACUGUUUCAUGACCCGGAUUAAACUGUUGGAGAACAACGUGAUUGAGUGCACAUUGUCUGUGGAGAGCACUGGGCAAGAAUGCUUGGAGGCCGUAGCUCAGAGGCUGGAAUUACCAGAGACACACUAUUUUGGCCUUUGGUUUCACAACAAGAGCCAGCAAGUGCGAUGGGUGGAACUGGAGAAACCAUUGAAAAAGCAGCUGGACAAGUUUGCCAGCGAAUCUUUGCUUUUCUUUGGGGUCAUGUUUUAUGUGCCCAGCGUUGCCCUCCUGCAGCACGAAGUCACAAGGUACCAGUAUUAUCUUCAAGUAAAGAAAGAUGUUAUUGAUGGACGAUUGCGAUCUUCCUUUGAACAAGGGAUAAGGUUGGCUGCAUUGGCUGUUCAAGCUACAUUGGCGGCUCAAGUUGGCUUUGGAGAUUACCCUCAUUUUGAAUCUCAUGAUCUCCGGCAGUAUGUUUUGUUUCCUAUGGAUUUGAUUCAAAAUGAAGCCAUUUUGGAAGAAUUGAUUCAGAAGGUAGUCCAGGAACACAAAAAUCAUAGCAGCCUUUCUGCAGCAGAAGCAGAAUUGCUUUACAUCAGGGAAGUGGAACGACUAGAUGGAUUUGGGCAGGAAAGUUUUCCUGUGAAGGACAAUCAAGGAAAUGACUUUCAUCUUGGAAUUUUCUGCAUGGGGAUUUUUCUAAAGAACCCAAUGGGAAGAUCCACAGUGAACUACAGGUGGAACGAUAUUGGAAAUAUAACACACAACAAGUCUUCAAUUGUUGUAGAAUUGGUUAACAAAGAAGAAACUGUAUUGUUUCAUACGGAUGACCUUGAAAACGCCAAGUACAUUUCACGGCUCUUUGCUGCGAAGCACAAGUUUUACAAACAAAACAAAAUCUGCACAGAACAAUCAAAUUCUCCUCCCCCUAUCAGACGGCGGCCCACAUGGAGCAGAUCAUCUUUGCCAAGGCAGCACCCAUUUAUUAUGCCUCCUGUGCAUGUCCAAUGUGGAGAACACUACACUGAAACUCACAAUUCACAAGAUAGCAUUUUUCAUGGAAAUGAAGACAUGUUUUACUAUAGAUCUCAGACGAGCUUGGACAGAUGUGCAAUGGACUUCAGCUAUUUGAACGGCAGUGUCCCAAAUGGCAGUGUGUGCAGUGCCCAAAGUAUGAACUCUCUCAACCAUUCGCAGAACUUCAUUCAAGCUUCUCCGGUAUCCUCCAACCUCAGUAUCCCUGGAAGUGAUAUUAUGAGAGCAGAUUACAUACCAAGCCAUAGACACAGUGCAAUAAUUGUCCCUUCAUAUAGGCCAACUCCAGAUUAUGACACUGUAAUGAGGCAAAUGAAAAGAGGAGUGAUUCACGCUGAUAGCCAAAGCCAGUCUUUGAGGAACCUCAACAUUGGGAACACUCAUGUUUACAGCCAACCCACAGAUCUUGUAUACAGUCAACCAGAAAUUCAGGAGCGACCUUCUUAUACCAUUGCAUAUGGGCCUCAAGGCACUUACAAAAAACAUGUGACUCCUUCUGAGCAAGUGAAUCCCAUGAAUGCUUUGCAGGCAAAACCGACAUCUAGUGCCAUUUCCCAUACAGUUAGCACUCCAGAGCUGGCCAAUAUGCAGCUCCCCAACAAUCAAAGAUGUGGCCCUGCACACGUACUGAAGAACUAUCUUUUCAGGCCUCCACCACCCUAUCCGCGUCCACGUCCUGCUACCAGUACACCUGACCUAGCAAGUCACCGCCACAAGUAUGUCACUGGCAGUAGCCCUGACCUGGUCCCUCGGAAAGUGCAGCUUUCAGUGAAGACUUUCCAAGAGGAUAGUGCUCCUGUCAUCCACCAGUCACUACAGGAAGUUAGUGAACCUUUUAUGGCAGCCAAACAUCAUGCAGCCAUCAAUAAACGCCACAGUUUGGAAGUGAUCAGUAAUAUGGUGCGUGGAAUGGAAGCUAUGGCUUUAAAAAGCCUGAAUGCUCCUUUGCCACGCAGAAAUACCCUACGCAAUGAGAUGCAGCCAGAGGAAGUGGUGCAAAGAGGGCAUGAGGUUCAGCAGCUCCCUCAUUACCAUCACAAAAAGACUUUCUCUGAUGCUACAAUGCUGAUCCACAGCAGUGAAAGUGAAGAUGAGGAAGAAGCAUCAGAAUCUGUCCCUUCCAUGGCAGCCCUACAUGAAAACAUGGAGUAUAGCGUUCAGUUGCAAGCUGCCUUGGCUCGAAUACCUAACAAACCUCCUCCUGAGUAUCCUGGUCCCAGGAAAAGUGUUAGCAAUGGAGCUCUGCGGAAUGACCAGAUGAAUAAUGUUCCACGGGCUGUGUCUCGAGCCAAGGUGGCGAGGCCGGGACCAGCCAGGACAAUUAGCAUAUCUCGGACUGAUCAGAGCAUGAUGAAUGGAUCUUCCCUUGGUCCAUCAAUCUCUGAGCCAGACCUCACAAGUGUCAAGGAACGGGUCAAGAAAGAACCGGUGAAGGAGAGGCCUGUGUCUGAAAUGUUCUCCAUUGAAGAUAGUAUCAUAGAAAGGGAAAUGAGGUAUCUAGAGAAACAGAAGAUGGCAGGCCUGGAAGCCCAGAAGAGGCCCUUGAUGUUGGCAGCACUCAAUGGACUCUCAGUUGCUCGAGUUCCAGUGCCUGAGGAUAGCCAAGAUGAAGGAGCCAAGGUGCCAAUGGAUGAGCGGUGCAAAACCUUGAGGAGGAAACUGGAAGAGGGGAUGGUGUUCACUGAGUAUGAGCAGAUUCCAAAGAAGAAGACAGACGGAAUUUUUACCACUGCCACUCUCCCUGAAAACGUUGAGCGUAAUCGUGUCAGAGAAGUCAUUCCAUACGAAGAGAAUCGAGUGGAGCUGGUACCCACCAAAGAAAACAAUACGGGCUAUAUCAAUGCAUCACACAUAAAGGUGACAGUAGGUGGAGAAGAAUGGCACUAUAUAGCUACACAAGGACCUUUGCCUCAAACAUGCCAUGAUUUCUGGCAAAUGGUGUGGGAGGAAGGAGUCAAUGUGAUAGCCAUGGUGACAGCAGAAGAGGAAAGAGGAAGAACCAAAAGCCAUCGUUAUUGGCCCAAACUUGGCUCAAAACAUAACUCAGCCACUUAUGGGAAAUUCAAAGUGACCACCAAAUUCCGGACUGUUUCUGGUUGCUAUGCUACAACGGGCCUGAAGGUCAAGCACCUAUUGUUAGGACAGGAGAAGACUGUGUGGCAUUUACAGUACACCAACUGGCCGGAUCAUGCUUGUCCAGGAGAGCAAGACUUCCUUUCCUAUUUGGAAGAGAUCCAGUCAGUGCGCCGUCAUACCAACAGCAUUCUGGACAGCACUAAUAAUUGCAACCCUCCAAUUGUUGUGCACUGUAGUGCUGGAGUAGGGAGGACAGGUGUGGUUAUUUUGGCAGAGCUUAUGAUUGGCUGCUUGGAACACAAUGAGAAAGUAGACGUUCCAGUGAUGCUUCAACACCUGAGGGAACAGAGAAUGUUCAUGAUCCAAACUAUCGCACAGUAUAAAUUUGUCUACCAUGUCCUCAUCUUAUUUCUACAAAAUUCCAGGCUUAUUUAACAUCUUCAAAAGAGACACUGCAUCUUUUCAUUCACUUAUUUAGACAGCCUUUUUUGGUUUGGCUGAGAAUCACCCUACUACAAAGCUGCUUGCUUUGCAGUAUUUUGUGACGCCUGAUCAAAAUUGCUUCAAUGAUAAGGACACUUUGUUCUUCUUGCAGAUGAUUUUAUAUGAGAUAAUUUAUUUUUUUUAAUGAUGUGUGAACUUUCUUAAUUGGUGGAACAUAGGGUAACUUUAAAAUGACAGAACCACAUUUGACACAUCUCUUCAUUGUAAUCUGUCUUUAGGACAGGAAAUAAUCCUAUCUGGAGAUGUUCUCUUGACCAUUGCAUUUCUAUAUGACAUGCAAGGCAGCUUUGCUAUUUUAUUGUAUUCUGUUUUAUUUUUGUGAAAAGAGUAUUUAGCAAUCUGUUUUCAGGGCUGUGCAUAUAGAAGAAAAACCAGCUUAAAAAAGUAUUUGACUUUUGUUCAAAUUUAAAAGCAGAUGUAUGUCUAUAAUAUUAUUGAAAAGGAACAAGCUUUUGCCAUCUAUGAUACAUGCAGUGCCUUACAGAAUAGCAGUGGGAUUUCCAAUAAGCUCAAGAUUUCAAGGGUUCAGUACUAUGAUUAUACUGGUAGUACCUUGAUGAUGGAUAGUAGCAAUAUUUAAAGCUAUAAAAUAGCUGAAAUACUGGAAUGAGAAGUAUUUCUAAGAAGUUUUUAAGGGUCCGAGCAAGAUCUAAUCAAUCCUAAAUCCUACAGUUGAUGCUGUAUCUUGAGUCUAGAAAUUGCCCUGCAAGUGAUGUGAAAUAUCCAGAUCGGGCAUUUUUCACGUCACAUUAUUCUUUGAAUCAUACAGAGUAAAUCUGAAGAUCUUUUCUAUUGGUGGCCAUAUUUUGGUAGAACAUUCUGUUGGUGCAUGCUGAUAGUGGCAGAGUCACCCUUUCUGUGACUUCUUCUCUGUUCUCGCUCUUUCUAAGGGAGAGGUAUAUAUGGAGAAUGGUUGUGUAGCUCUUUUUAGAAAUCUUACUAGGUUAACAUGCAAAUAGCUCUUGAGGUUAAUUUAGUGUCCGUUACCAUAAACCAAUAACUACUUGUAGUCUAGGACAGCAAGCAUAAGGACAUGACAGUUGAAAGUGUUUUAAAAACCAUCCAUUUAAAUGAAUAGGAAAUGCUAACUCUUACUGAUUUAGUAUUGUUUGCAAAAGAGAAUCUUCUAGUGGUUUGAUUAUCUGCCCUUAGUGUCUUCAGGCUCUAAAACCCCCUGUAGGGUUUGUGUCUGCGGGCUCUGUUGUGUGGCUGCAAUGCAUUCCUUGGAUUCGCAAAUAAUUUUUAAUCAUCUCCACAUAAUAUAAUAAUUAUGUUAAAUUAGACUUUUUGUUUAUUGCCCUUGAAAAAUCAGGUGAUGGACAGAUUGUCAUGGACAAAAUCUAUGUUGUCACUAGGAAUUGACAGUGACUUGAUGGUACAUAAUCAUUGCUCCAUUUAUCUCAGCAGUGUCCACUCUGAUUUGCCGUCGCUCUCCAAGGUCCUGAUUCAAAUUAUUUCCCCCUCCCACUGAACAAUAUGAUUUGCCCAUCAAAACAUCCAUCUGACAUUGAGUUAUUAUAACCAGUUUUAAUAUUGCUUUUAUACAUAAUAAUCCUGUGUUGCUUUUAAAAAAUACUUAUGAUUCCUCCCCCCUAGCCCCCCAAUUUCUAAAUUAGACAAUAGUAUUAAAGCUGAUAUGCUUAGGACGGGUUACAGACUUUGUGGAAAUGAGCCAGAUUCAAGAUUUUUAACCAACCCAAAGUGUAAGAAGGAAUAGGGAUUUUUUAAAAAGAGAUGAAGAUAUUUUUGUGACUAAACUAUAGAUGAAAAUUGAAUAUACAUAAAAAGAAUGAUAUCAAAGCAACAGUCACACUUUCUACAGCAUGCUUUCUUUUAGAUGAACACCCAAAGUGGCAUGGCAGUCAGUUUCUUGAACAGAAGAGGUAUUCCCAUUGUAUAUCCGAUGGGGUAAAUACCUCUUAACAUAAUGUUUGCCCCCAGUGUUUUAUCUAUAUUUAUAUUAUACAGGUAAUCCUUGAUUUACAACCACAAUUGGGUCCAACAUUUCCAUUGCUAAGCAAGGCAGUUGUUCAGUGAGUUGUGUCUUAUUUUAAACCUUUUUUGCGAUAAUUGCUUAGUGAAUCAUUGUUAUUGUUAAGCAAAUCAUGUAGUUAUUAAAUUAAUCUGGCUUUCCCCCAUUGCUUGUUGGAAGCCAGCUGGGAAGUUUAAAAAUGGUGAUCAUAUGACCCAAAGAACAGUGCAACUGUCAUAAAUAUCUGCCAGUUGCCAAGCGCCCAGAUUUUGAUCACAUGACUAUGGGGAUGCUACAGCAGUUGUAAGUGUGAAAAACAGUCAUAAGUCAUUUUUUUCAGUGCCAUUGUAACUUGAGAUGGUCACUAAAUGAAGGUUGAGGGAAGAGGGAGUUUCCUUCGUACCCACAAGAAAUCUUAAGUCCAGCCCUCCUUGAAUUCUGUUGACUCUUAUCUACUUCCAAUUUGCUUUGCCCAUUAGUAGUUCAGAUUCUUGUAAAGAGCAUUAGCAUGCAGUCAUUUGAACCACCUUGACUCCUGAUUUCUUGCACCUGACAUGAAUGGCUAUAAGUCGAGGAUUACUUGUACUAUAUUUUACAUAGUAUAAUAUAUACUUCUAUUUUUUUAAAAAAAAUCUGCAAGGUUUCUUUGUAGGGAUUAAACCUGCAGUCUUGUCUAUAUGUUCCAGGGAGCAAGUCCCAUUGAACUCAGAAGGAUUUACUUCUAAGUAUAUAUGGAUAGGCUUAACUUAUUUCACUGCCUUCACAUGUUAAAUCUAAAUCACUGAUCAAUUCACUCCAAUCUUACCAAGAAAAAAAAAAGAAUUCAAGCCACCUUAAAUAUUUAGGAAAAGAAUAUAUAGAGAAUAUCUUCUGUUGAUGCUCCUUUAGAGACUCUUAUUUCUUUAGUGUGCAGUUUUCAGUCCAGCAUAUCUUUGCCAAUGCCAACAUAUCUCUUGUUAAAUUAGCUGAAACCAUUUAAAGUCUUUUAGUGGCAUCUGCAUGAUAAUUGAACAGAGACGCUUUGUAUCUGGGAUGCUGGCCAAGGAAUAAACCUUGAAGCAAAGUGUAUUAAAUUAGUUAUCUCAUUAUAGUUUUUUGAAUAAUUUCCUAAUGAUGAAUUAAGUUUGAAACCAGAGCUGUCAAGUCCCAUUGCUCUAUUUGGCCUGACAGGUAGGGAGUUAGAAAGAGAAAAUAAUCCCCUCCAAGGUCUGAUUGCUCUGAGAUUUAGGAUGUGAUCAGUAUAGUCUUGGCUGUUCUAGAAGUAUGUAAACCAAAAGAAGUUAUUUAAUAAGCAGACAUAAUGGAUACUAAAAAAGGAAGUGUUGAUGAGACAUUGCCAAGGCGUUUUGUCACAAUGUAUACCUAUCUUGCACACAUAAUUGCAAGGGAAAACUUCCUGCAGUUAAACACCAAUGCCCAAGACCAAGCCACUAAUACUGAUAUAAUAAAGAACCAUUACUAAUAUAAUAAGGAACCAUUUUCACACUAUGACUAAGGAGGAUGGUAUUCAAAGAAACAUUUUAAGACUAUUAAGGCACAUAUUAUUUUAGUGUGAUUUUCAUACUAAUGUUUGACCUUAAUAAGCUUAAUUUUAAAAAGUUUUGCUCAAAUUUUAAUGACCCUCAGCAUCAGAACUUUAUUUUGUUAAUAUUUGAAGAAUCUAAUGUUAAUUAUCAUGCUGUAAAGACAAAACUUAACUGAUUGUAUUAAUGAUCUUAAUGAUUUCAAGAAAAGUUCAAGAAUGAAUUUACUUCAAGGAAUAUAUCAAAGGAUAAUUUGAAAAAAAAAGCAACUGUUAAUCUCAGAAUAUCAUAAUGUUUCAGGGGAUGAUGUGAUCGCCUCUAUUCUUGUACUGCACAGAUGUCAAACUCAUGGCGUCACAUUGCUGUCAUUAUAUUUCAUGACGUUUUCCCCAUUCACAGAGCUGGGGUGGACGUGGCCUGCGCUUGACACAUCUGGCCUGCGGGCCGCCACUUUAACACCCCUGCUGUAUUGGAUAGUAUAGAGAGAUGAAUGGAACUUCAAUUGCAAGCGGCCUUUAGAGUAAGAGACUUGUACUCAAAUGUAUUAGUGAACAUCAAGUUGAAGUAUCGUCUUAUAUUCCCUUUCCUAGAAUUUACAUAGAUCUAUUACGCACCCCAGUUCUAAAAUUUCACAUCAGCAGAUGUAUGGCCUGUGGAACCAAAAUUCUGGUUUAAAUUAAGUUAGUUAAUUUCAGAAAAAGCUAAGUAAAAUUAUAAUGUUCCUCUUGUGGGUUAAUCUAAACAAUAAUGAACUAGAGAAUUGUAUAAAAAAAUCAAGUCAAUAUUGAUAUAUCAUCGCAAGCAAAUUAAUGUUGUGCAGAAUGACAGUAUCUGACAAUGUAUCAUGAAAGAUGUGUUGAAUGGAAGCAAUUGGUUUGGUAGUGCUAACUCCUUAGAUAGUUUCGCUCUAACCUAGCAUGAUUCACCUUUUAAAUCAUUCUUGUUAAAAUUAUUACAAUAUAUUCUAUACAUGGCAGAAUUCUUACGGAUAGGUAACUUGUGUCAGGAAGUGUAUUACUGUGUAAUGCAGGUUGAAGCCUCCUUGAUUUCCAGAUAGUUAUAAAGGAUCUGGACCAGUAUAUCUAGAAUGUCUUUUCUUUAGAGUAGAGGUUUCAACCCUGCUUUAUAGAAAUUGCCCUGAACUUUUAAGCUUUUUGCAUACCUGCAUACUGCUGCAUAAUCCUGCACAGUGGAACAGUAAAUAAUUGUCGAAUUCUUGUGAGAUUUCAGGGAGGAAUUGUUUGAGUAGUUAAUGAGACCUUGUGUCAGAUUAGUUAGAUCUUAUGCUAAAUUAAUUACAUCUUGCAAGAUUUCAAUGAAUCCCCAAUAUUCAUGCCAAAUAUUUCUUUACUAUAUCUUUAGUAAGCCUGCCUGCUGCAUUGCCUACUCAUGUUUAAAAGCCUUAUUUCUAAAAAAGUCUACCAAAUGUCAUACUGUGGAGAAUUUCCUGAGAAGGAACAUUUUCUAUUGAAGUGCCAAGAUUUCACAACUCCAGGAUAGAAGUAGCUUACUCUUUUCAAUUUAUACUAGGGGUAUUCCUUAAAGUAACAAACAAUAAAUCAACCUUGCAGUCAUUUGUUACUUAUACAUUUUUAUUUGCUAACUCGUGACCUUUUUUGAUGUGUAAAAUUGGAAAUGUAUUUCAGGAUGCUAGUGUUUCCCAUACUUCAUUGCUUCCUUCCCCCACCCCCACCCCCCUUCAAGUAGUUUUUUACUCCUGGUGAUCUGGACAAAUCCCUGCCAUUUCCUUGGCAAGAUUUUCAGAAGGUGUUUGCCCUUGCCUGCUUCCUAGGGCUGAGAGAAAGUGGGACUAGAACUUAAUGUCUCCCAGUUUUAAGCCCGAUGCCUUAACCACUACACCAAAUGGCUUUCUCUUAAGUUUGUUGUAUUUAAUAAAGCAAUUUAGUACAUUUUGAAUUAUCUUUGCAGAUCUCUUGAUCAAAAGAUAAAAUUCUUCCCAUGAACACCCGUUGCCUUGUCACAGAUCGCUUCUGCCAUUAGCAUUACUACUCAAAGUUGCCACCAAACGGGCAUUACUAACUUGUAAAUCCAAAACACUAAAAUAAGGACAGUAGUUACUGAAGAUACACACCUUUUAAUCUGAUUGUACUCCUAAAAUCACUCAUGAGGGAUAUACGUAUAAAACCAUGCUAUUUAGUUUUUAUGUUGUAGAUAAAAUUUCUUGUAUCCUUUCUAGAUUCUGAUGACUAGUUAUUGAUAGUGAUAUUGGUUGCUUUAAUAUAAUUCCUUCUGGGCUUUCACAUUUUGGCAGCAAAUUUCUACAUUCAUAUUGUUUUUCCAAAUCUAACUUAAAUAUUACCUAUACCCAUAAAGCCUAUCCUACAACAGUUCAAUUCUUAAAUAAUACCAGAAAUCAUUAACUAAAAAGCCACUUAAAACUUCCCAUUACCUUGAAACCUGAAGUUCCUCCAUAUACUAUAAGCACAGUAAACAGUGAUUGAAUACAUGACUUCAAAUCAAGUGGUGAAUCUGUUUUUAAAUCAAUACUAUAUUUACACUGUCCAAUAUGUUUCAGACGUUCAUGGAAUAGAGCCUAUAUUUUAGAAAAAGGGCUACACAUAUGUACAAUUAUGUAUCUACAUAUAUUUAAUGGUUGGAGUUACAAUGCAUUUUGCUUAGACAAUACUGGAUGGGGCUUCCUCAUCUGAACUCCAUUGGGCAUCAUAUUUUCAGAUCAUUUAACCCAUUCAUAUGUUGAUGUAGAUACUUUUUAGAAUGCCUUCUCAUGAUAUAUUCCAUUGUAGCACCGAAGUGUAAAAAGAAACAUAUAUCCAAACUUUGUCUUCAGAUCAUUGCUUAUACAUUUGUAGAUGCUCUGACCUUGCACUGAAUUCUUUCAGCUUUUUUUUAGUGUUGGCUGUGUACAAUACAAUGAAAUUGAUAUUGAUUGUUAAGUAAUUAGGAUAUAAUAUUCCAUAGUAAGGGAAAUAUUUUAACUCACAUUACAGCUUUGCACCUUUGUUAGGCUUAUACACCAUAUGUGAAUUUGUGAUUAGUCUCUAAUUCAGUUAUUCUAUUUGUUUUUAUAACAUCAUUCUCUGUUUCUUUAGCAAAACAAGACAAAGGUCUCCUGUAAUCCAAAGCAUGGUUUCAGCUAGGAAAGAUUUCAUCCACAAGUUAAUUUAAUGUAGGAAGUUCUGUCAAAGAAUUAUUGACAAUGGUUCCCGCUUAUGUACAUUUGUAAAGAAUGACCCUAUAAUCAUUGAUAUAUUUGAAGUCAUUUUUAUUUAGUGAAAUGCCCCCCAAAAUUGAAAUUAUAAGUCUAGACUAUUACUUUAGCCAUACUUAGAUAUAUCACCAUUAAGUAUUUGAAACAUAAUUCACUUUAUGGAUUAACACCUUACAGUUAAUAAACCACAUUGAGUUACAGCUUUAGACUUCAUAUCACAGGACAAAGAGGGACCACAUGCAGUUCCAGGGUUGCCAACAAUUUCUUGCUUUAUCUCCUGUCCCCCCCUUCUGAGCAGUACUGCUAAAAUUGGCAUAAAUCUCAUAUUUGGGAAAGUGUAAAGCAAAUUGUAUGAAUGACUUUUUUAAAAAAAAGACCCUUCUAAAAGAUGAGAAAGACACUCUAAACCUCUGAAACAUGUUGAGAGGUAUUCCUAGCUGCUAAAAGAUAACACAGUCCUCUGUCCUAGAAGCCCUAUGCCUGAUAGAUAGAUGUCAUGUCUCUUUGGCCAUUGCUUUGUAAGAAGAUGGCAGAGAGCUGUUGAAUAUUGGACAAUCAUGCAGCUGUUGGAAAAUGCCCUGUGCGCUAGAGAUAGCUCUACAAAGUUAAUUGUUUAUUACCUUUAAAAAUGCAUUUCUGUGCUGUAUUAGACUUCUCUAUAUCCAUAUAUUUCAAAUAGUUUGUAUUUGUCUUGAUUUUUUUUUAUGAGCCUGCCACAGAAGUUUGCAAGCUGCCUUGAAUGCCAUUCUGUAAUAUUUUCUUUUAGAAACAAAUAGAAUGGAGUGUAAACUUCCAUUCCAACAGUAGAUUUGAACUCUCUUCAUUGUCAGCAUAGGGUCUAGAAAUGAGUUCAUCACUGAUGUUUUUCUGAAAUCUUGUGUGUGUAUAUCUUGUGUGUGUGCUGCUAUUCAGUUCUAAAAGGCAUUAGUAACACUAGAAGAUGCAAAGUAACAAUAAUUGUCUGCCGAGAUCACCUCCAGUAUCAAAUUAGAACCUUAAGACAAGUAUCUUAAAUUGGGUAUUUCACAAACAGGCUCUGUAUGGAUGCCCCUAAAUUAUACCAAAUAUAAUACCAGGUUUGUGUUCCAGAAAUUAACACACUAAAUAUAUUUUGCAUCAUUGGUUUGUUCUUGUUCUGGUUUACUGCAGUAUUUUUAUUCCUCACUUGAGAAUUGCAUUAUAAAUUUAAAUCCAGAGCCAUCAUUGAAAAAAACCUUAUUUCUUAAAUAUACAUUUUGUAAACAAGUAAGUUCAGUCAUUUUAUGAAUUCAUUAUGGUUGCCAUAAUCCAUCUCAUUGUUUUCUACCAUUGAAAGCCUUUAAAAAAACCUAUGCAUGCUAUGUUAUAUUUGUAUCAGUACAUAAGCUUAUGCUUGUUGGUUUCUUUUGUAUAAAAGCAAUUGACUUUUGACAGUAUUUUGCACUUUCUCCGCUUUUCUUUGGUUUUUAUAAUUUUUUCUUCAUAUAAUUGCAAUAUGUUUUUUACAUCUUACACUGCUUUUUUGUAAAUAUUUGCAAUGUAAGAAAAUUUUGAUUCAAGCUUUGUUUUGUAAAAGAUUAUGCUUAGCCUUAUUAUGCAAUAAAACUUUUUUCAACUUUCUAAUAA